GUUUUAUUUUUGGAUAAAAAUGUUAUUAAUAAAUACAAUCUCUCUUAAAAUACCUUAUUGGGUUAUGAUAAUCAAAACAGUCCUGCGCUAGAUCAAACCAAACUAAAACUUUAAUGAUUUUUUCCCCCCCACUAAUAAAAGGUUUUUAUCAUUAGUUAGCUCCACACUGGAGAGCUGCUUUAAAACAGAAAAUCAAGUUAUAAUUCUAGCGACACUGACUCUGUAUUUUCAUGUUUAAUACUGUAAAGCUGCUUAAUGUAAGGCUAUCUAUUGCAUAAAGGACUGUAAUAUAAAUAAACGUGACUGGACUUUUCUUUACUGGAGUGCCGAACUUCAGAGUUCGUGCAAACAUCCACAUCGCUGUAAUCAAAUGUGUUCUUAAGGGCUGCUUUUACAUCGCGGUCAGUUUUUGUAGUGUUUAUUUUGUUAUUAAGAGAAAGGCUCGCAGUAUAUAUUUACAUAUUCAUCCAAACGCGCUCAGCAGCCUCAGGUUCUCAGGUUAACUGAAGCGCUGUUUUCUUUCGAAUCGCAUCAGGAGAGCUGAAUUACAGUCUUGCGCUACAGCGCCACACUGGUCAAACAGCAUUAUUGCAGGCUCUCACAUAAGGUCAUACGAGAUCAAACCACUACUCAACAAAAACAUUUGUCGACAAUUUGUUUUAUUGUCGACGUUGUCGACUAAUUGUUUCAGCCCCAGUAUAUAUAUAUAUACUAAAGUCAAUACGCUACAGAGAGUCAUGCGCUUUCACAUCUCCCAACUGCUCACAAUCAUCUAUUAACGGCGCAAUAAACCGAUUACACAAUACUAGACUGCAAAACCAAAGCACUCCAAAACAGAAACUCUAAGAUAAAUUAAAGACUUUGACUUAACACAAGGAAAACCAUUUUUUUGAGUGGAUGUUGUCAAGAAGCGAAUGUAAACUGUGAGAUGCUUUGUCUUCUAACAGGAGGGAGGGGGGCAAAUAACAAUUUGGCAUGCACCAGUCAGAUUCAGAGCAUCUGAAGAAAAUGCGUAACUGAAUGGAAUGAAGUGGGGGAGGUUGCCUGUUUGGGUAAUUUCACCUUGUCUGUUGAGUUGAGGUUUCAGUCGCUGUUUCCUCUCAUUUGAGAGUUGCGUAAAGUUCCAGCUCUCUUCGACAGUGUUACUGUCAUGUUCUACUACAUGAAAGUCCUCUCAACUCUUCUGUGUUUACUGUUGCUUCACCAAAAUGCAAGCGCAAAUUGUCCACCAGGUCAGAGGCUCAAUUAUAAUACGAAAAUUUGUGAGGCCUGUCCACUAGAACAAUAUAGCUCUAAACCUGGAACACAUUUUGCUUGCCAGAACUGCAACAAAUGUGAAAAAGGUAGUGAGGAACUCAGUGCUUGCACACCUACCAGUGACACUCAGUGCAAAUGUAAAACAGGCUUUAUACCCAUUUAUCCGCUAAAGGAAGAUAUGUGUACUUGUGAAAAAGGUUCUGGAAUAGAUGAAAGAGGAAUAUGCAAAAAAUGUCAGAAUGGCUUCACAGACAAACAUGACUCGUUUUGUAAAAAAUGGAGAGAGUGUAAAAGUGGGAUUAAUAUCCAAGGCACCACCACUUCUGAUGCUGUCUGCAAAAAUGCCUCGGAAGAGGUGACAGAAGCUCCCAAAGCCCAUACUACUUCCACGGCCACUUCAACAACUACAGUCUCCUCUCCCAUCAACACAAAAAAAGACAGCUUCUACAGCUUGUGGCUGGUUAUGGCAUGUGCUAGUGUUAUUCUGCUGGCUGGACUCCUGUACCACAAGUGUAAAGUCACCCACUGUAUUCAUAACCACAAGAAAGUGGAUUUUCGAAAAGAAAGUGUAUGCAGAAAGCCUGUUGAAGAAUCCGGGGAAAAGUGCCUGUCUUUGCUCGUCUAACACAGUUGUUAACGGCCUCAGUGUUUCUUUUUGUGGAAUAUUUUUUAUGCAUGCAAUAUUAGUUGUUAUAUAACUAGUUAAAUUGCUGUUAACUUCAUUAAAUUUCCACUUAAUAACACCACUUAAAGGGAUAGUUCACCCAAAAAAUGUAUCAUUUACUCACCUUCAUGUUGUUUCAAACCUGCAUGAGUCUCUUUCUUCUGUUGAACACAAAAGAAGAUAUUUCAGUAUUUUUUUCCAUACUAUGGAAGUCAAUGGCUGCCGUCAACUGUUUGGUUAGCAAUAUUCUUCAGCGCAUCUUGUUUGAAAACGGAAGAAGAUAUUUUGAAGAAUGUUGGUAAACAAACAUGCCAAUGAAUAAAGUAUUUUUUUCCAUACUAUGGAGGUCAAUGGCUGCCGUCAACUGUUUGGUUACGAAUAUUCUCAGCGUAUCUUGUU